GAGGACUGGUAGGACACUAUGCCGUCUAGUCGCCCAUACGGGGCAUAUCAUGUCUAUUUAAAGGCCAGGGAGGUCAGAUGGCUGCGCUAGUUAGUUACUUCCUGGGAACCCACUCUCCCAAGGGAAAACAGAGCUGUGGGAUUGGUUUGAGGAAUUUGUCUAGCACCACUCUGAACUUUAAGUUUUUUAUUAGAUGGUGCUGUGCUGAAGUGGUAUGGACACAGGUAGAAUGGCUAGUCCUCAGAGCUCCAGAAUGGCUAGUCCUCAGAGCUCCAGAAUGGCUAGUCCCCAGAGCUCCAGAAUGGCUAGUCCUCAGAGCUCCAGAAUGGCUAGUCCUCAGAGCUCCAGAAUGGCCACUCCUCAGACCUCCAGAAUGGCUAGUCCACAGAGCUCCAGAAUGGCUAGUCCUCAGAGCUCCAGAAUAGCCACUCCUCAGAGCUCCAGAAUGGCCACUCCUCAGAGCUCCAGAAUGGCCACUCCUCAGAGCUCCAGACACAGUAGCUCUGUUUCAUCAUCUCCAAUGAGCAGGAUGCACUCGCUCCAGGUGGACUCGGUGCAGCGCUGGAUGGAGGACCUGCGUCACAUGACGGAGGUGGAGUGCAUGUGCGUGCUGCAGGCCAAGCCCAUCGGCGUGGAGGAGGACACCCAGGGCGAACUCAUCGUGGCCACAGGGGACCACGUGGCCCGCAACAACCUGCAGACGCUGUUGCGGCGGGCGCUGGUGGUCAGCACCGAGCUGGGCAAGAUGUUCCAGCGGCUGGAGAAGGGCCGCUGGCAGCGGGUCCACAGCACCGCCGUCCGGGCAAACUGCCACGUGCGCUCGCUGGUGCAUGAGUAUAGCACCGCUCGCAACACCCCCGCAGAGAUGCAGAAGUAUGAGAAGUCUUUGCUUGAGAAGUGCAUGGAGCUGACCACCAUAACAGAGAGAUGCCUUCAUACCGAGGAUGAAUUCUUCCUGAAGUCCAUGAGGGAGGCCAUUCACGAGAUCCUCACUGAUGUCAGCGAUUCGUUCAGCCACAUGAUUGACAUGGCCCUGGCCAAUGAGAUCCAGAUCCUGAUCAGGCAGAUUGAGUCAUCAGACAGUGUGUACACCAUCGGCAGUGCCAUCAGCAACCUGCUUUCCCUCACCCAGGACGGCCCGCAGCUCUGCAGAAUCAUCGCCAAGGAGGGCGCUGUGGUGGCCCUGUUUAAGAUCUGCCGGCAGGACUGCUUCAGCGACCUCUACGCACAUGCCCUGAGGACGGUGGCCUCCAUAUGUUGCGUGGAGGAGGGCAUCAACCAGCUAGAGAAGGUGGAUGGGAUCCUGUGCCUGGCGGACAUCCUGACCGACGGGAACAGUGCUGAGGCGGCGAGGGCAGAGGCAGCGGCCGUGGUGGCCCAGAUCACCUCGCCCCACCACACCUCCACCCAGCACCUGGGCAGCUUCUUAGAGAGCAUGCAGGACAUCGUCACCGCCCUCAUCAAGUUGUGCGAGAGUGCCUCCUGUGGCGAGGUCUUCCUCCUGGCGUCUGCUGCCCUUGCCAACAUCACUUUCUUCGACAGCAUGGCCUGUGAGAUCCUUCUCCAGCUCAACGCCAUCCACAUCCUCCUCCAGUCCUGCAAAGACCGCCAAAGAGUGGAUACUCCCUACUCUAAAGACCAGGUGGUGACCAUCUUGGCAAACCUCUCUGUUUUGGAGCAGUCUUCAUCUGAAGUCCUACAAGAGAAGGGUAUUGAGAGACUGCUCCAGCUGCUGGGCGAGAAGCCAUCCUCCUCCAGUCCAUCGGAGGGCGCGGCGUGCGAGCGGGUCCAGCAGAAAGCCGCUGUCACACUGGCCCGUCUGAGCAGAGACCCGGACGUGGCCCAAACAGCCAUCCAGCUGCAAGCUGUUCCUCGACUAAUCGAACUGUGUCGCUCACCAGCAGAGAGGAACAACAGCGACUCUGUACUGGUUGCAUGUCUGGCUGCCCUGAGGAGGCUGGCGGCAGGGUGUCCAGACAGCAUUGAAGCCGCCGACCACCAGCAGCUGAUCAAGCCCAGACUGGUGGACUCUUUCCUGCUGUGCUCCAACAUGGAAGAGAGCUUUGUAUAGGAAGAGCCAGAGCAGAGGGGUUGGGUGCUCAGCAGUGGAGGCUGCUGCGGGGAGGUCGCCUCAUAGUAUUGUCUGGAUUGGAGUAAAUGGAAUGGUAUCAAACAUGUGUUUGACUCCGUUCUGGACAUUAUUAUGAGUCGUCAUCCCUUCAGCAGCCUCCACUGGUGCACAGGUACUGGGGUAGUCGCAGUGAGCUUUUGCUUCAGCCUGAGACUUAAAAACACAGACAAAGGAAGAGUUGAUGAAAUCAGUCCCUAUAUCCCAAAGCACGCCCUGACUGUUUACCAAAAAAUCUGAGCAUGAACGGAAUUUCCGUUAGUCAGUUCAGUACUUCCAUUCUCAGAGUACAAAACACCAAAAUUCGAGGACAAGCUGGUAAGCUAAAAUAAUGUACAUGAUGGAAGCAUUCAUGAAUUAGUUUUUUAACACCCACAGUGUACAUAUGGGACCAUCAUUCAACCAAGUGUUAAAAAGUCUGUGGGUGUUGGAACUUUACAAAGUUACCCAUAAUGAAUCAAGAGCUGUUUUUAAAGUGUUAGGCUCCUAACACUGUGGGUGCUAGUUAUUCAAAUUCAAAGUGACAGAUAAUGAACCAAGAACACUUUAAAGGUAGACUCAGCGAUAUGACGUAGAAGCAGAACGUAAACAGCGGUAUAGUCCAGCAUCUUGCUCAUCUCAAUAUCUGAGGUGCUGCUCGUUGCAACAUAGUUUCACCGAGUCUACCUCCUAAAGUGUCAGGCUCCCAACACACUGUAGGUGUUGGAAAUGAACAGCUUGUUGGUCAGUUCCUUCAUCAUUUUAAAUCAGUCAGUUUGUCAAAGAUUUCACUGACGGUCUAUUUUACAUCUUGUCAGCUGCCAAUUUAACCAGUUGUUAAUAUAUUAGAAAUGACUAUUGUGCUCUGUUACUUUCAGAUAAGAAUUUGUAUAAUGAGUUUGUGGCACAAACAGUAUAUUGUCAAGGUAUUUGAUUACAUGAUCUAAUUAAACCUUCCUAGUUCAGAGGAGUUAAUAAAAUAGGUUACUGUUUGGAGCGGAAGACGACUCCUGAAGUAGGUUUAUCUGGCAACAAAGUUCUUUGAAAUUGAUCAUAUUGUAUUUUACAAUCUCGCCUUGGAUCUCAAACAUUGUAUUUGCUACUAAGAAACGUAAAUGGAACGUAAAACACAAUAUCUGCAGUGAAACUGUUUAGAAAUAUAUAUAUAUUUAAAAAAUAAAUGACAUUGUAUAGCAUGCAUAUACUGUAAUAAAGGGAGCACAUCUUUUAAUGGAA